CGGCAGCGGUAGCUUUGGCAGCGGCGCCGGCGGCGGUGGCAUGGGCGGCGGCCGUGACGGACGCGGCAACUACGGACCCAACUCACCGCCCAGCGGCGCAUUGCCGCCAUUUUACGAGAGCCUGAAGAGCGGCCAGAGCAGCGGCAGCGGCAGUGGCAGUGGCAGCGGCAUCGGCGUCGCUGUUGACGCGCACAGCAAUUCGCAAUUUCUUAUACAGAACGCAGCUGCGGCAGCUUAUCUAAUGUCGAAUCAACAGUAUAACUGUAAUGGAGCUGGCGGAGGAGGAGGUGGAGGAGCCGAUGGCAGCGGUGGCGGUACCGGUGGUGGAGGAACUGGUGGAGGUGGAGCUGGUGGAGCCGGCGCUGUUGGUCUUGAUGCUUAUGGCAUCAUAUUGAAAGAUGAGCCCGACAUUGAGUACGACGAGGCGAAGAUCGACAUUGGAACCUUUGCCCAGAAUAUCAUACAGGCGACCAUGAACAGCGGCGUUGGCAGCGCGGCGGCAGCGGCUGCUGCUGCGGCCGCCGCUGCGGCUGCGUCGGGCAAUAGUUUUGCGGCGAGCGCAUAUGAGGAUGCGAUUAUGAACGAUUUGGCUGGCAGCGGCGCUGGCGGCGGCGUCGGCGUCGGCAGCGGCGGCGGCCAGUGCACAAAUGGCGGCGGCGGCAGCGGCGGCGUUGAUCCGUUGCAAUUUACCGCUACGCUGAUGCUCAGCUCGCAGACGGAUCAUUUGCUGGAGCAGCUGUCGGAUGCUGUGGAUCUCAGUUCGUUUUUGCAGCGCGGCUGCGUCGACGUCGACGACGACGAUGAGCACUCGACGAACAACAACAGCCCCGCCCACCAUCAGCGGGCGGACUUUGAGCUGGUGUCGACGCCAUCGUUGACGCCCGACUCGGAUGCGGUCUCGGUGACGCCGCAUGCUGCUGCCCAACUGGAUGCGCUGCACGAGAAUCUGUUGACGCAGCUCACCAACAAUAUGACGCGCAACGGCAACGGCAACAACAACAGCAACAACAAUGGAGGCGGCGGCGGCAACAAUGUUUAUAAUGGGCCGCAACAUGUUGCCCAGCAGCAUUUGCAGCAACAUGUUGUCAACGGGCAGCAACAGCAGCAGCAGCAACAUUUGCAGCAGCCGCCGCCCUCGUAUCAGCAUGCCACGCGCAACUUGUUGCAGAUGCAGCAGCAACACACUGGCAACAACAACAGCAACGGCAACAGCUACCAUCAGCAGCAGCUGGCCCAGCAGCAACAGCAAUUGCUGCAGCAGCAGCAACAACAACAUCACCCACACCAUCAGCAGCAGCAGCAGCAGCAACAUUUCCAUCAGCAACACAAUAUGUAUGCCCAGCAGCAGCAUCAUCAUGCCCAACAGCAACAGCAGCAGCAACAACAGCAGCAUCAUUUCCAUCAGCAGCAACAGCAUCAUGCUCAUCACGCACACCAGCAACAUCAGCAGCACUCACACCAACAGCAGCAGCAGCAGCAACAUUCCCAUCAGCAACAGCAGCAGCAGCAUCAACUGCAGCAGCAACAUCAUCAUCACAACGACAACAGCAACCUAUCGCUGCCAUCGCCAACAACAGCUGCGGCGGCCGCAGCAGCAGCAGCUGCUGCUGUUGCCGCACUCCGUCCCAUGUCCAGCAGCAGCAGCAGCAGCUCCAAUCUGCUCGAUGCCAACACGGCGGCGGUUGCUGCGGCCGCAUUGCUCGACACCAAGCCGCUGAUACAAAGCGUAAGUUCCAACAAUAUUAUAAAGCUCAACAGCAACAACAACAGCAGCAGCAACAGCAACAACAACAACACUACUGAGUCACCAGCUGAGCCGGUGACCUAUAUGCUGCUUAACAGCAGCAACUAUUUUAGCUACAACAACAGCAACAACAACAACAACAACACCACUGCCAACAGCAACAACAUUACCAACAUCAGCAGCAGCAGCAGCAGCAGCAGCAGCGGCGGCAGCAGCGGCAGCGGCAACAAGAGUGCAAAGCUGGGCGGCCGCUCAAAGGCCGCUAGCUAUGGCUCCACUGUGGUCACGAUCUACUCGACAGUGAGGCCAUCGCCCGAGAUGCCCGCCCAGCGGCAGGUCCAUCGCGCCACAUUGCGUUCGCUUGCCACCGAAGCGGCGGCCACAGCAGCGGGUCUGUUGCCGCCGUCGUCGACCAUUUCGGUGAUCAAUGAGAGCAAGAUGCUGCAGCGGCUGUUGGGUCUGCCGCCUGAUCUACAGCUGGAGUUCGUGAACGGAGGCCAUGGCAUCAAGAAUCCGCUGGCCGUGGAGAAUACGCAUGGGGGACAUCAUCAUCAUCGCAUACGCAACAAUAUGGAUUGCAUUGAAGAUCUCAAGCAUGGCCAGCAGCAGCAGCAGCAGCAACAACAGCAGCAGCAGCAACAGCAGUCGCUGCAGCACCAGCAACAAUUGCUGCAACAGCACUCGCCACAGCAGCAGCAGCAGCACUCGCCGCAGCAACAGUCGCUGCAACAACACUUGGUGCUCAAUCAGCAGCAGCAGCAGCAGCACGGCAACAGCAGCCAUCAUCGCAACAACAACAACAACAGCAGCAGCAGCGUCAGCAGCAACAGCAGCAAUCAAGGCGACUCGCUCUGCCCCAGCAACAACAGCGGCGCCGAGGAUGCCAACAACAAGUUCGUCUGCCGUGUCUGCAUGAAGACCUUCUCGCUGCAGCGUCUGCUCAAUCGCCACAUGAAAUGCCAUUCGGACAUCAAGCGCUAUCUGUGCACGUUCUGCGGCAAGGGCUUCAACGAUACCUUCGAUCUGAAGCGCCAUACGCGCACCCACACGGGCGUGCGCCCCUACAAGUGCAACCUGUGCGAGAAGAGCUUCACGCAGCGCUGCUCCCUCGAGUCGCACUGCCAGAAGGUGCACAGUGUCCAGCAUCAGUAUGCCUACAAGGAGCGACGCGCCAAGAUGUACGUUUGCGAGGAGUGCGGCCACACGACCUGCGAACCGGAGGUCCACUAUCUGCAUCUGAAGGACAAUCAUCCGUUCUCGCCGGCCCUGCUCAAGUUCUACGACAAGCGUCACUUCAAGUUCACCAAUUCGCAGUUCGCUAACAAUUUGCUCGGCCAGCUACCGAUGCCGGUGCAUAACUAACAAACUAACUAAGCCUAAACAAAACUAAACUAUAGUAUAUAUAUACACACAAAAUGAGCUAGAUCUAACUUAACCUAAACUCUAAGCUAAACUAACUGAAAACAGAGAAACGUAAUGCAAAUUCAACUUUAAGCUGAAGUUUUAUGAAAACUGCCCCACGAAAAUGGAGAGAUUAUGUUUUGUACAUUUAUAAUGCAACAUGAUAUCACCCACACACAUAUAUAUAUGUGUCUAUGUAUACUCAAGUAUAUAUCUAUAUAUAUAUCUCUCAUUUAGCUGCUAGUUAUGUAAU